AUGAUAAAAUUGAUAAUCUACUUUUUAUUAUUGAGCUCAGCCUUAGGGAUUUAUAGUGAUGAUGAUGUGUUUUAUUGUUACGAUAAUUUGACUGAUUAGGAACUGUCUGAAAAGAUUAAAGUGCAACCCUUAGAUCAAUAUAUAUUUCUUAUAGUUUCCCCAUUAGCCUUUAUGUGCACUAUAUUCAUCACCUACAGCUUUAUCAAGUAUCCGAAUACAAGGAAAAUGCCUGGGGAUAUAGUUUUCUUUAUAUCUCUGUCUGAUGCAAUAUUAUGUAUACAUUGGUUUGUGACUGCUUGUUACUACACUACAUAUGGUUAGAAUCCUUUGAGUUCAGGUUUAUUCUGUCAGAUCAAUUCGAUGUUUAGUAUAUUCGCUGGAACAGGAGAAGUAUCUUAUAAUGUAGUGUUUUGCAUUUACAUUCGAUUAACUCUAAAAACUCAAUUCAAAGUAAUACCCAAAUUGCCUACGAUACUGCAUUCAUUGGCAUGGUUAGCAAUGAUUUCAAUUCCACUCUUAGCUAAGUUUACUAAUAACAAUGGUCUUUCAAUAUUUGGCACCUGCAGUUUCAAAUAUCAUCCUGGGUUUCCGUUGGCUGGUAUCGUACUGGUAUUUUUAUACACUCUCAUUUCAUUGUAUACAAUAUGGUACUUCAAUAAAGCCAUUCCUGAUGAUGAGAAAUACAGAGAAAUCAAGGAUACUUUUGCAAAAUAUUACUAUCGUUAUAUCAAAGGGUCAUGUAUUAUAUGGACAUGCGAGGCAGUAUCCUUUACAAUUGCAGGCUUCAAUUGCUCAUAUUUUCAUGAAGGAUUUCUCCUGAUUUUUAUAACUAUAGGCAAUUCAGCCAAAUUAUGCACUCCAAUAGUAUUAUCCAUUUUAAGAUACAAUGAUCCAACUAUUAAAGAUCAAGUCAAAAGAUUGUGGAGGAAAGUUUGGAGGAGGGACAAUGUCUAAAGUGAAUUAUUGGAUGACGAUGCUAACUUUUACGAUACUAUCCAUUAAAAUCUUAAAUUUGAUUAAGUCAAUACAAUCAUUUUUGGCAUAAGAGCUGUUUGCAAAUCAGAUGUAAAGGCAGAAAUAUCUGUACAAGAUGAAUUUGAUCAAAUUAAUAUUCUUAGAAGAUAUACAGAUUAUAAAUUCUCAAAUGACUCAGUUUCGAAUAAUGAUAAUGCUAAAUUGAAAUCUAAUUACAAUUUAGAUACUGAUGAUUUUAUUGAAGAAAUCCUCUACGAAAUAGAUAACAAAGGGUCUCAGAAUGAAAGCACAGUUGAAUUAAAAUUGUUACAAUCAACAUUUACUGUUUAUGCUCCAGCCAUAUUCCAGAAGAUCAGAGAGAGGGAUAUAAAAAUGAUUAAUCAUUUCAAAUCAUUUGAUCUCGUUGCCAAUUAAGAUCAAAUUAAGUAAUUCAAAGGACCAGAUGGAGGCAAAGGGGGUGCUUUCUUCUUUUUCACUCAUGAUAACAAAUUAAUCAUCAAAACAUUGUCUGAUUAAGAAUUAGCUGUUAUUAGAAAAAAUCUGAUACCUUACUUCCUUCAUUUAAGUGAAAAUGAAACAGUUAUUUCGCCAAUCUAUGGCAUUUACAAGUUAUUCAGAUAAAACGUUGAAGAAUCGAUCAAUGUAGUCGUGAUGAGAAAUGCUAUGUAAAUACCUUCCAUCUACAGAGUCAGAACUUAUGAUAUCAAAGGAUCUGAACACUCAAGAUAAGUCUUAAAGAAAAACAAAAAAACUAAUGAUAUUGAAUUAAAGAAAAUUACGUUAAAAGACAUUGAUUUCCAGAAUUUAGAAUAAUAACUGCAUAUACCUUAACAACAUAGAGAAAGAUUGAGAAAAUGUUUAAUUAAUGACGCCAACUUUUUUAGCAGAAUCAAGUUGAUGGAUUAUUCCCUCCUGAUUAUUAAAAUGGAUUGGUAUUCAUAUAGCUAGAAUAACUCACAUAUUAAAGAAGCAGAUAUUCCUAAUUAUUUCUCAUGUGAUCUGUAAUGUAUACCAUGCAUAAAUGCGGUUGAAAAAGGAAUUUUUUAUCACAUAGCCAUAAUUGAUUACUUAUAAGAGUGGAAUGCAUAAAAAAUCAUCGAAAAGCACACUAAAAAGGCUAUUCAUGUAAAUAUUGCCUUAGAUACUUCUGCUCAAAAUCCAGAUGAUUAUGCUAAAAGAUUUAUAGAAAAAGUUGCAAAUGUAAUUAUAUGA